AUGUCGGGUUAUGACUUCAAGCUCGUGAUCAUGUCAGCCACCCUUCAGGGAGACCUUUUCACAAGAUAUUUCUCGGAGAAGAAGAUCAAGACGAUUUUCGUGGGCGUGAAGAGGUAUCCCGUGGAGGUUGUCCACAUUGAGCAGCUCUUGGACAGAUACGGUGGCAGGUCGGGUGAUUUCAUGAUGAAGUCUGAAGGAACACGUGGCUACCAGGCACCUUUCGCUGGCAAUGCCUAUCGAGCAAUCAAAGAUGCAGAGCGUGCCUUUGGCACGGGUGGCAGAGAGGCGGAAGGUUGGGAGGAGGAGAACGUGAAAGUCAAAGGGGAGUUUGAUUCGGACUCGGAUGAGGAGCUGUGGUCUGGUGACUCUGAGUUCUCUGCAGAGGAUACGGCUGCAGUCGCCAAGGUUUCGCCGAACAUCAUUCGAGGUGCACACUUUGUUGAUUGCUGUGAGUGGGGCGUGCAGAAGUGCGUAAUCAGAGGAUUUGCAUGGUCAGGCAUUCUGGUGUUCUUGCCCGGCAUCGGUGAGAUCAGCGAGCUGCAAGAGCGCGCUGGCUCAGUCUGCACCGGAUGGGUGAAUCUCAUGGCGAAGAAGGAGUUGAGUGUGGUGCUGAUGCCGCUGGAGAGCGUAGACCAACAGGCAUGUGACAAUGUUAGAACCAGAAAGACCUUUGGCUGUGGCAGCGGGGACGCAGGAUAUCGCUUGCGAGCGGUCAAACACAUAGACGAGCAGGAAGGGGCGGUGUUCGACCCACCUCCCCCAGACACGGCGCAUAUCAUCCUGGCCUCCAACAUCGCAGAGUCGUCCUUGACGAUUCCCAAGGUGCGCAUUGUCAUCGAUUUCGGUCUCCGGCGGCAGCUAAUCUAUGACAAGCGUCGACACAUGUCCUGUCUCGUGACCACCUGGGUGUCGCAAGCAUCGUCCAAGCAGCGAUGUGGUCGCACAGGUCGCGUUUUCGAGGGAGUCAACAUUCGACUUUACACCAAACAGUUCUUCGAGAGCUAUAUGGACGAGUUCGACCCCCCCGAGAUGCAAACAGCUCCACUUGAGAAGCUCUAUGUGAAUGUGAAGCACCUGAGCGCCAAGCUGCCCGAAUACCAGGUGACGCCAACAGAGAAACGCAAGCGCACCCCAAAGGAGCUGCUGAUGCUUGUUGCCCAGCCACCAGAGGAGAGUGCCAUUGCAAGCUCCAUCGAGAACCUCGAUCAGCUCGGAGCUCUGACGAACGACUCCGAGUCGGCAGAGCUCACAGUUCUCGGGUACCUGAUGAUGGCAGUGCCUCUGGAUGUUCAGCUUUGCCGCCUUGUCAUCUUCGGCGCCCUGCUGGGCAUGCCAUGUGAAGGAGUGGUAUGUGCAGCCGCGGCCAGUGUCCAGGAUCCCUUCACGCUGCCCUCGCACCUCAUCAUGAAAGAUCCCAAAGAAUAUGCCGAGGCCGUGCGGCGAAGCUAUGAAUCCAGAAAGUAUUUCGAUCAUGGGCACUGGUCGGAGCCGCUGAUGCUUCGCAACCUGUUUGUACAUUUUCUCCUGGAGUUCCGCAAGAUGCAGAUUGACAAAUGCAAUCGCCGAGGGCGUGUUGGCCGUGAGUCCACGCGGAGUGCUUUUACUCGGUGUGCUCAACUCAUGGCCUCGAAGUUUGCCGUGGUCCCCAAGCGCUUGGUCAACCUGGCCAACGCAAUCCUUGAUACGGCAACCCGGAUGAAGAAAUUCCUUCCCGAGGGCUCUGCUCUUCUGAAGCAGCUGGAGAGCCUGCUGAGCCUCCUGCAGGCGGGCGAGCGGGUGUACAGCUCUGUCGAGGCUGCAGAGGAGGCGUUGCCAAAGGUGCCU